GCUAAAUUUACCUUCUUUUUGUUCUAUCAACUCUGUAACAAUUAUUUUACAGUGCGAGGUACAAUAGUAGUGUGUUAUAUAUCUUAUGCCCUAAUUUUGGUUAAAUGGAUAUUAUUAUCUUUAACUAAAAUUGAUUGAUGAUAGGCUGAGUUGACUCUACUGUUCUGCCUUGAUUUAGGAAAAAUGCAGCGCUUGCAUUCCACCAAGUCCGAAUGGGGACUUCCCAAAUUUCUUCCUCACAAAACAUUUAACGAGGCUGGAUACCUUGUUGCCGACGACUGUGUCUUUGCAGCAGAGAUAUCGGUCAGCCAAGGCAGUGGGUCGGUCCGAGUGGGGAGGGAAAAAAAAAACGAGUUAAACCUAUCCAAAGGCAACCUGUUGGUGAAUGUUUGUCCAUGGUAAAAUCUAAUGACUCAUUUAAGAGUGAAUGGAAGAUCAAUAAUUUCUCAAAUCUAGGGGUAGAUUGGUAUUCUGAAGAAUUUACUGUGGGAGAUCACAAAUGGAAGCUCUGGUUAUUUCCUAAAGGCAACCAGCAAAAUAGGGGACAUAACAUCUCCAUAUUCUUAGUUUCUGUUCAUUCCAAGGACUUUGAUCACUAUCAAAAACUGAAGGCAAACUACAGCAUUUGCAUCAAUGAUCAGAUAAAGGGUGGAGGUCAUAAGCGAUUUUGUUGUACUUGGUUUUCAACUACAAGGACGAUGAAUAAUGGUUAUCCUGGUUUUAUGCCUCUAACUCAGUUACAUGAUGAGGAAUGAGGUUAUAUUGUCAAAGAUUGUAUCGCGGUGGAGACUGAGUUGGAAAUCGUGUUUAAGCAUAGGGUUAAGAGCUUAGUUAUCUUAGACUAAGGUUUAUUGUUUAGUAAUAGCCGCAGGUGUCUCCCUAUACAGUAGAUGCAGGUUCAAGUUCUCCUUGGCCUUCUAUUUAAUCGGGAAAAAAAGGCUAUCUUCAAGUUGGCUAGUUAUAGGAGUUGGUGGACAUCUAUGUUUGAUUCACAAACUCCUUUUCAACUUCUAUUUUAAAUACUUUUUCUUUCCCCUUCAAUUCAGAUAUUUUCGGAAUGCCUAAUUUGUGUUUAUUUAAGGAAAAAUGCAUAAUAAUAGCCUCAGACUUGUGUUAUGCUUUGUGGGA